CUCGAUAAUUCUGUUGUGGAUUUCUUCUCGUUUUAGUUUCGGUCUUCGGAGAAGAUUCCUUCUACUUCAGUACGAUGCCAAAAAGUCAGGAUGUUGUUGAAGGUUCUGACUUAACGAUCAAAUGUGAUGUAUCCGACCGGCAACAUAUCGUUUUCCAGUGGAUGUUUCGUAGCAAGAUUUUAUCUAAUACAAGUCGACGUUUUCAAGACAACAGCAACCUACGGAUUUUACGAGUCAGUCAAGAAGAUGACAACGGCCCAUUUACAUGCAUUGCCACCAAUGUAACCACAGGUUUUUCCUUACAGAGUUCGAAUGCUCGUCUCAACAUUCAAUGGAUCAAUGAGACAGCAAAUGUGAUUCUGAAACGUCCAGCUCGAAAUCAAAUCACAGCAGGAUCAGACGUUAUUCUGCGGUGUGUCAUUCAAGGAAACCCGGUACCAUCAAUAUUAUGGUACAGAAACAAAUUCAGGAUAUUUAACACCGACAAAAAUGAGAGAAUAAAAAUAAUGGAGGACGAGAGCCGUUUGAAAUUGUCGCAAGUGACUGCGUCUGAAAAUGGAGUUUACUCAUGUCGUGCAGAAAACAUUGCAGGCGCCAGAGAUUCGAAGAAGAAAUUUUUAUUGAAUGUUGAAGAACCCGGAGUACCACAUUUGGCAGAGGAGAAAUUUUUGGACUAUGUACUAGUCCAGAGAAACCAGCCAGCACGUCUUGAUUGUUUGAUUGUUGGAGCAGCACGAAUUGAAUGGUUUUCUAAUUAUGAAAAAAUUAUUAACAGUUCUAGAUUUGGACCUGGUUUCGAGAGCAACACGUUGGAGGAAAUGAGGUACUAUGUUUUUAGUAAUGGUUCUCUCUUUUUCCCGAGUGUCCAAGCCGAAGACAAAGGAAUUUACCGUUGUGAAGGAAUCAGCGCUCAUCAUCCCAAACAAGUCUUUACAGCAGAACUAGAGAUGGCAUAUCUUGGAGAUUUUACACCAGACCUUUUUGAGCCACGCCUCAUAACAGAUUUUCCAAUGGUUAUCCCAGUUCAUUCUAAAUUCGAGGUGAAAGUUUUCCCAGCUACUGGAAAACCGAAACCAUCUUACAGGUGGUUAAAUAGAAACAACAUGCCAAUUGGUGAAAUGGGUAUGAUUCGAGUGGAAGACAGUACUCUUGUUUUCGAAGAUCCAGAAGAAAUUGAUACAGGCAACUAUACAUGUAUAAUGAGUAACUCUGCUGGCGAGAAAAAACAAAACAUCUGGAUCAUGAUUUCAGUUCCACCAAUCAUCACCAAAGUUCCCCAGCCACGCACAGUUAGCGAAGACAUGAGUGUUAGCUUCUCAUGCAAAGUAAUUGCAACUCCGUACCCAGUGACCACAAUAUUUUGGACGCGAAAUGAUGUCCCUAUCGAUCCGACAACUCCUGGAUUCCGUGUGAACAAAAAAGUAGGAACUCUAUACAUCGCCAGUGCUCAGGCAGAGGAUAGCGGAAGCUAUGCCUGUGUCGCAAAUACCACAGGUCAACCUCUAGUAGUCUCCAGUCGGGCAUAUCUCACAGUAAAAAAAAAAUUACGUUUCAGCCCGGCACCAGAAGAUCACAGACUUGAACUGAGCUUUGAAUCCACAAUAGAAUGUAAAGCCGAGGCAGAAACUCGUCCAGCGAUUACAUGGCUAAAGGAUGGGCGUGAACAGUUCCCUACACACGUCAGCCAAGACAAAGGAGUUCUUUACUUUCACGGUGUGCGCAAGUCUGAUGCUGGGUAUUACACUUGUAUUGCCGUUAGUGAACGCCAAGGUAUCAUAAAUGCCACGAUUACAGUAGAAGUUGUGGAAAAACCAAAAUUUCAAGUGCUACCAAGAAACACCACUGCCUACGAGGGCCGUCGUGUCAUGUUGCAUUGUGUCGCGAUUGGUGACCCCAAACCGUCCGUCUGGUGGGAUAAAAAUGGUGAAGCGAACACGUGGGACUUAGCGAGAUUCGAGAUGCUGGGCAACGGUACCCUUUUGAUAUCUAAGGUAUUCAUGGAAGACAAGGGGCGGUAUGGCUGCACUGCAAACAAUACGGCGGGUCUUCAACGCUACGAAGCUUACCUGGAUGUUGCGAGUGCUGCCGAGUAUGAGAAGACUAUAAAGCAGGAAGACAGUUUCAAUAUGAUGAAGACAGUGAUAAUAGCUGUUUGCAGCGCUGGAGCUUAUCUCGCACUUGUUAUUGGCCUCACGGCCUUCUGUAGUUACCGGCUUUUAAUGCAAAGACGAAACAGGAAAGCGUUUUCACCAAACGCAAAGGGUGAUAAUGGUGACAUGGCCAGGGAACAGCACGAGUUGCUUGUGAAUGACAGGGAUCGGGAAUCCGGACGAGAAUCUGGUACUCAUUUCAAGAGUGACAGCGAUAAUCGAUCUCAUGCCUCCGGUAUGAGUUCCUCUCAUCUUUCUCAUUCUUCCCACUCCUACCAUUCACGUAGCCGCCGCGACAGUUAUGACCGUUACCAUUACCCGAGGCAAAAUCUCCGGACUCUUUACGUAUUGGGAAAAGGUUUGUAUGGUGAUGUCUUUCUAGCCCAGGCUCGCAACAUUCGAGAGUCUGAAAGUGAAAGUUUGGUUGUCGUCAAAUCACUGCUAAAUAAGGACGAACAGCUGUUUUUUGAGUUUAAGCACGAAAUGGAUAUGUUUUCACGCCUGGAACAUCCAAAUAUUACCAAGCUUCUUGGUGUCUGCCGCGAAGCAGAACCAAACUUCAUGAUUACAGAAUAUUGUGACUGGGGAGAUUUGAAACAAUUUCUUCUUGCUACAAGAAACGACAAUGGAAAACGUAUUGCUCGUGCCCCACCACUGACAAUUCCACAGAAACUGAAUCUAUGUCGACAGGUAUCAAUGGGAAUGGAACACUUGGCUAGCAACCGAUUCAUUCAUAAAGAUUUAGCAUCAAGGAAUGUGUUGCUAACAAACAGACUAGAUGUAAAGAUAUCGUUGUUGUCACUGUGUCGUGAUGUGUAUGCCCAGGAGUAUUACCCACAUUUUCAAUGUCUCAUUCCAUUACGGUGGAUGCCACCCGAGGCCGUUUUAGAUGAUGAAUUCUCAACUAAAAGUGAUGUGUGGUCGUUUGGAGUUUUUAUGUGGGAAGUUUUUCAUCUGGGAGAGUUGCCUCAUAAGUCAAAGACCAACGAGGAAUUACUUAAAUGUAUCAAAGUCGAUGACAUCUCCCUAGAUAUCUGUGACCAAUGCUUGCCAGGAAUAGCUGAAUUGAUCAGGAAGUGUACACAACUUAAUGCUAAAGACAGACCCCAGUUCAACGAAAUAAGUACUGCUCUAGGAGAGCUUAAUACAGAAAACAAUGUUUGAAGGGUGAGAAAGAGUUUUUUAAAAAAAAAACUACACGUAAAGAUCCAAUAACAUUUAAAAAUAGAUAAUAAAUAAAAGAAAAUUCAUAUUCACAAGGAAAAAAUUGGAAAAGCCCAGGAUUAAAAAAAUAUAUAUGUAAUAUCACAAUUAAUAAACUACUUUGAUUAUGGCACUAAUAAAAGAAAAGAAAAGAAAAGAGAACCUGAAUAAGCCAAUUCAGAUUUCUCAUUAUUUUUAUUUGUGUCAUUUAAUAUACUCGAGAUGGUCGAGUGAGACAUAUUGUUUUUUCUAAGAAACAUUGAAUACAAGAAACCAGUGAGUGAAAACUGUUGAACUGUUCACGAGAAGUUUGUUGUAGACUAACUUUAUCAAAAUUGAUAUCUGUGAAACCAAAAUUAAAAAAAAAAAACAAUAAAUGAAAAAAGAAAAUUUAAAUGAACGUCACAAAAACAACAAUACCAAAAAAAAACAAAACAAAACCCAACAAGAUUUUAAAUUAAAAAUAUUUACAUAUGAAAACAUAUGAAAUAUUUCAACGAUUUUUUUUUUUUUUUAAAUAUAUAUUUAAGGGCAGAUAAAGUGGAGGAAGACCAUGAAUAAUGAUUGUGAAUGAUCUUAGAGUGGGUAAUAAAUCAUGAGAAAUAACAUAAAAAUAAAUAUGAUAAAAAUUAAUAAAAAUUAAAUAAUAAUUAAUAAUAAUAAUUAUAAUAAUAAUAACAUUGAUGAAAGAAGAUGAUAACUGGAAAUGGUAAUGGCGAUAAAAAUGAUGAAUCAGAACACAGUUGCGAAAUAUAUCUACACAAUCUAUUUUUACUAUAUAAAUGUAUUGAAGAGUGACAGCUAUUGAGGCCAUCAUUUGUCACAAAUUGAAUUCAGUAUAGUAGAGACAAAA